CACAGUCGAAAUGUGCGCCAGCUGCCCGCUCACCUGUCCGCCGCCGCCGCGCGCGCACCUCGCUAUGUGCUCGCGCGAGCUCCCGCCCGAACCUCCAGCUCGGUGUCCCACUGCUGCGGAGCCGAUCGCUUCUCCUCGGCGCUCGCGUCGAGCCGAGCUCUCGGCACUCUACGGCGGGCGUCGCUGUGCGGGGCGCCCGUUUCCUGUUGGCCCGAGCGGAAAGCUCCACGUGCCCGCGCGAGCUCCCGGCCGAGCCUCCAGCUCGGUGUCCCACUGCUGAGGAGCCGAUCGUCGUCCGUCGGUGCUCUCGAGGAGCCGAGCUCUUUGGCCGGCGGCCGGCGACGCUGCAUGACGGUCGUCCUCCGACAUGUCGGUGCCGGACCGGCGGGGUGGGGGCGGGGUGGCGUCGGAGCAAGUCUCUCGGCCGUCGGUCGACGGAGCGGCGAACCGCGAGCACGCUUCGUCGGCGCCCGGAGGGUGGUGCUGCUGUCGCUCUGCCGCGUGUGCAGGCGUGCGCAGGCGUGCCGAGGUCUCGCGACGGCACUCAGCCCUUCGCUGGGCGUGUGGGACGCCGGGUACGACGAGCACGGCUUCUGGUCCGUCGAGGCUGCCCGCGCGGCGCGCGACGCGGCGGCGGCGCUUGCGCUGGACGCCGCCGACGGCGGCGCGGGGGCGGCGCGGGGGCGGCAGGCGCGGGGGCGGCAGGCGCGGGGGCGGCAGGCGCGGGGGCGGCAGGCGCGCGGGCGGCAGGCGCGGCGCGCCGAGGUCGCGAGCGCGGCACAGG